AUGAUAAGAUGUGUCUAUACAAUGCAAAAGCAUAAGAAGCUGAAAACAUGGAUGGACGGCUUUAUAGAACAGAAAGGGAAAAGAAUACAUCUUUACAACACCGACAUGGUGAAGAUAGACAGUUUGGUUGCUUCUUGUCUAGAUAACGAGAUGGAGACCCCAAAAUACCUUUUGUACAUCGAGUCUUUUGAGGAUCCUGAGGAAAAUGAGAUAAAGCAUCAGGAAAAUCCUCCUUCUACCUCAAGAACAUUGAAAGACAGACCAGAAAAAGACAUAGAAGGUAAUGUGAAAUGUUCUUCACCACAAGGAAGGUCUGAAGAGGAGAUAAUAAAUUUGUUUCAAGGGUAA